AUGGUGGGUUUCUGUUCCUUGCUGUCAGGUUCUCCAGAGAUGGAACCAAGGAGGUUAGAGGGGAAAUGGGAGAAUGAAGAGCCGGACACUGAGGAGCCUCUGCCCACAAUAAAGAGGGAAAUGGAUCCCGUUCCUGUUCCAGGUUCCCCAGAGCCACAAUCAGAAAUUUUACAGAUAAAGAAAGAAGAACCGGACCCUGAAGAUCAUCAGACCCCAAAGGAAAGCUGUAAAGUACCACUUACUGAUGGGGGUUCCCCAGAGCCACAACCAGAAAUAUUACAGAUAAAGAAAGAAGAACCGGACCCUGAGGACCAUCAGACCCCAAUGGAAAGCUCAGCAGCGCCACUUACUGAUGGGGGGGGGUACAUGAAGGCGGAACCCAAUUUAGACUCUGCUGAACUGCCCAAACCAGAGACUGACUCGGAGUCCGGCACAAGAGAUGGCGAUUGCUUAACAAGCUCUGAUGGAUCAGGUUUUAUCUGCUAUAAGUGUGGGGAAACCUUCACUGUGAAUAGUCAUCUUCUCGCCCACCUCUGUGGGACAAAGGAGAGAAUUCCCCCUGGGGCGGAACCAUUCAUGUGCACGGAAUGCAGUCAGUGUUUUACAGAAGAGAGAAACCUCCUUAUACACCAGAAGAUUCACACAGGGGAAAAACGCUUCUCAUGUAAGGAAUGUGGGAAAAGCUAUUCAUUAAAUACCAGCCUAAAUAGACACAAGCGCAUUCACACAGGCGAGAGACCCUAUUUGUGUACGGAGUGUGGAAAGUCGUUCUUUGACAAGACCCAACUUCGAGGUCACCAGAAGAUUCACACCGGGGAGAAACCCUUCGCCUGUACAGAAUGUGGGAAAUGUUUCCCUGUAAAGUUCGAACUUCAGAAGCACCAGAGGAACCACACCGGGGAGAAACCCUUUAUCUGCACAGAAUGUGGCAAAUGUUUUUCUACAAGCAGUAGCCUCUGUAAUCACAAGAGAUAUCACGCAGGGGACAAACCCUAUUUAUGUUCUGAGUGUGGGAAAUCAUUCUAUGGAAAGUCCCACCUUCUAAUUCACCAAACAGUUCAUACAGGGGAGAAACCAUUCACCUGCACAGAAUGUGGGAAACGCUUUGCUGAUAAGGGAUCCUUUCGCCUGCACCAGAAAAUUCACACCGGGGAGAAUCUUUUAACCUGCACAGAAUGUGGGAAAGAGUUCGCUGAAAAGAGGGCCUUUCAAAACCACCAGAGAACUCACACUGGGGAGAAACCUUUCAGCUGUACGGAAUGUGGGAAACGUUUUAAUGAAAAGAGCGACCUUAAAAGGCAUCGGAGGGUUCACACUGGAGAGAAACCUUUUACCUGUACAGAAUGUGGGAAAUGUUUUACUGCAUGGAACAGCCUUCAGAGCCACAAAACUAUUCACACUGGGGAGAAACCAUUCACUUGUGCAGAAUGUGGGAAAAGUUUCUCUAUGAGAAGCACCCUGUAUAAUCACAAGAGGGUACACACACGGGGGAAACCCUGAGGAGGGACUGAGAGGAUUUUUCUGUAGGGGGGCCGGGCGCUACCAAGGAAUAUGGCAGGGGAGUAUUGCUACACACAGGCCUGUUCUUUGCUAAAGGGCCCGGGUUUUUUUUUUGUCAAUUCUUUAUCUUUGAGUUUUGCAUGUAUGGGGAGGGAUACAGAAAGGAAAAAAGGGGGGGGGGGGGAGGGAACAUUUUUCUUAUACAUUUUAUCACAAUUUAACGAUAUAAGUAUCAAGCAUCAGCUAUCAGCAAGUCAUUGCUAGUUCUUGACAUGAAUACAGAGAAACAUAUGAACUGAGGUUAAAAUGCCAACAUGAAUGACUGGGAUUUAUUCGAGUGUUAUAGGGAUGUUGUAUAGUUUAGCCAUGGAUUCCAUAUCUUCCAAUAGUGUGAACUUUUCUUAUGAAUCAUGAGUGUUAUUUCUUCUAGUCGUCUUAUUUCGUUUGUAUAGUUUAGCCAUUCCCCGGGCCCGGGUUUUAUUAUGCAAUUGUUUUUAUUGUAAACUUCAAAUGUAACGUAAACAUACAAUUCCAUGUCAGAGCAUCAAUAAGGAUCAAUAAAGAAAUAAUAAAAUGUAAUAACAAUACGUUGG